AUCGUUUUGUUUUUAUGUUUGGUACAAUAUUUUUGAUAUCCAGAAAACGACGUCGACGCAUUCAUCUUUCAUCGCAAAAACUGUGUUGAAUGCUAUUUGUGUUUGAAAAAAUAUGUAUUGCUGGUUCUAGCGAUGUCAUCGUCAAGGAAGAACAACUUGCUGGUCAAAAAUACGGGCAUGAGCCUGAAUGACAGGUUCACACAAAUACAAAAAAAAUCCAAAACGGUGGGGGAUGAUGAACUUGUGAGGAAACACCGUAUGCUCUCAUUUAAUAUGGAACGUAGACCUGAAGUAGCAGCUUCAUUGUUAUUGAAUCAAGAAUUUAUGAAUAGAGAACGACUCCGAGUACCACUUCCGCCACCCUUACCACCUCCAAGACCGGAAAUCAACAAACAAAUGUACAAUAGUAUUAUGCAUAAUAUGAUAAGACCGUUAGAUAGAUUAGGAGUUCCUGUUCAUGAAAGACUUUCUGUAGGAAGAGUUCCAUUAGUGGAAGAUAGAAGAAGAAUAAGAAGACGAAGAGGUGCUAAGACUAAAAUACGAGAAUCUGGUAAGCCCAAUUUAAACAAAAAUGGAAGUAGCAUAGGCACUACAAAGGUUUCUAAAUCUAAAAAACGACAAAUAUCAAAACAGAGAGACCAGUUUCCUCGCAAAGAACAAGUAAUUUCUAAAGAAGAUUUAGACCAACAGCUGGAUCAGUUUAUGUCACACACUAAACAAAAACGAGAUGAAGAACUGAAUAGAGUUAUUCAAGAACAUUCUUAACAAAAUCUGUGUGGUUAAAUAUUUAUAAUUCAAUUAUAUAGUAAAAUAUAUUUCUUAAUACUGCCUUAUUUAAAUUAAUAUUUCAAGUUAUAAUUUCUGUUUUGUAAUUCAUUUCUAUAAGUGAUAUAAUUUUAAAAGAUAUAUGAAAGCUGUAUAAAUUGAAGCUACAUUAAAUAUUUUCAUUAGUGUUUAAUUUUUCACAUUCAUUGACUGUCUAUUUGUAAUAAUACAAUUAUUAUAAAAUUAUAAAAAAAAUAUAUGUUUAUGUAUUAGGACCUUAGGCAUAUAAUAAUAAAGAUUAAAUUAUAAAAAUA